GAUGUGCAUCGCCCACCCCUGCCCCCCUUCCUCAAGCUAACCACGCACCUACCCUUGCCCGAUCCAUGGCAACCCCUCCCUGCCGCAUGAAAUGUGAUGUAUAGAAGCUUAAUAUCAUCCUCAUCUCGAUAAUCAUGCAGAUCGCAACACACAUCGACAAUGCCCCCGACUGACGGCUGUCAGGUCCAAAAAUAGGGCAGGCCGCGCCUCCAGAAGGACGGGACGGGAUUGACUUAUUUAUCUGUGGACGCCGUGUUUCUGCGCCGACAUUCCAAAUACCUGCAGCCACGAACGACUCUGCAUCGUAUUCUUCACGCGUCUUUCCUCGCCACCGUCAUGUCUCUGCUGCGAGUGUCACAUCGUGCCACGGAGGGCGACUUCGACCAUCCCAAUGAGCGCUUGCGGAGGUCGCUUAUUAUUGCCAUUUGCUUUGCCUUCAUUCUCUCCACGACGGCGGUGGGUUUGCGGCUGUUGGCGCGGAGGGUCACCGGGGCGAGGUUGUAUCUGGAUGAUUAUCUGAUUAUGAUUGCGCUGCUAUUCAAAUAUGGCUGCUCGAUCGGUGUCGUUAUCAUCCUCUUCAACGGCAUCGGCUCACACAUCACCAUGAUCCCGAAAAAGAACCUGACCGUCUACUUCCAGAUCGGCUGGUCCAACUCCUUCGUCUACACCUGCUGCAUCGCCUUCAUCAAGCUCUCCAUCCUAUGCGUAUACAAACGCCUCUUCACGGCCCCCCGCAUGACCCGCGCCGCCAACAUCGUCAGCGUAAUCGUGAUCCUCUGGGCCGUGAGUGUCUCCCUCGCCGGCGUAUUCAACUGCGUCCCCGUUCAAAAAUUCUGGGACCGCGCCGUCGAGGGUUCCUGCAUGGACACCGUGAGCUAUUACUACGGACAGCAGAUCCCGAAUAUCCUCACGGAUAUGGUCUUGCUGGUGAUGCCGAUGAGGAGUGUUUGGUCGUUGCCGAUUUCGAAGAGGCAGAGGGGGUUGCUUUCGGGGGUGUUCUUGGUGGGGAUUUUGACGCUUAUUUUCGAUAUCGUGCGCCUUGUUGCGAUGAUUGACCUGGUUAAUGCUGGGCCGGAUAUUACAUACAAUCAAGUCCCCGUCGCAGUAUGGACGUGCAUCGAAGCUGCCGUGGGAAUCACUGCCGCGUGUCUCUCGCACCUCCGCCCCCUAUUUAACCUAAAGGUGUGGUCUCGCAUCCGCAAUACCACGGAGUCGAAGAGACCGCUCGAUUCCCCGCAUUCUGGGGGGUGGUCGACGGAGGGGACGCUGGUGGAAACGCAUCACAGUAUUGUGACGAGACAUAGUGUUUGUAUUGAGUCGAGUAAGGCUUGAGGUGCUGUUUGGGGUGACGAUUAGUUUGGAGAUUAAACCUGGAGAUUAUAGAGGAGAGGGCUUGGGGUGUUU